AUGUCAGAUUACGAGGUGACCCUCGUCAAUGACAACAUGCGCGAGUUCUACGUCCGCUUCUAUGGUCCGGGAGAAACACCCUUCGCGGGUGGUAUAUGGAAGAUUCACGUAGAGUUGCAAGCAGAGUAUCCAUACAAGUCGCCAAGCAUAGGCUUUAUGAACAAGAUCUUUCAUCCCAACAUAGAUGAGCUGAGUGGCUCCGUAUGCCUGGACGUUAUUAAUCAGACGUGGUCACCAAUGUUCGAUAUGAUCAACAUUUUUGAAGUGUUCUUGCCCCAAUUGCUGCGGUACCCUAAUCCUAAUGAUCCACUAAACGGUGAAGCUGCAGCGCUCAUGAUGCGACAUCCGAAGGAAUACGAGGCCAAGGUCAAGGAGUACGUACAACGUUUUGCAACGAAGGAUAUUAUGGAUGCCGCAGAAGACGGCAAUGAAGACGAAGCAGAUGAAGAGAUGAGCGACAUCGGCAGCAUCAGUGAGGAUGAAGAACAAGAAUCCUGA